CAAAAGGGUGUAUAUCCGGAUCUUGCUGGAGUGGCCGUCCAGUCAUUGGGGAAGGUAUUUGUACCUCAAGACAGAAGAACUGAUAUGAAAAUGGAACUCCGCCCCCUCCUCAUGUGCUUUGCUCUGUGCGUGGUCUACGCCACCAGCAAGCCCACGGCCACGGACAAGAAGGAGCGGGUCCAUCACGAGCAGCUCAGCGACAAGGUUCACGACGAUGGCGAGAACUUCGACUACGACCACGACGCCUUCCUGGGGCAAGAGGAGGCCAAGACCUUCGAUCAGCUCACCCCCGAGGAGAGCAAGGAGCGUUUGGGCAUGAUCGUUGAUAAGAUCGAUGCCGAUAAAGACGGUUACGUGACCGAGCAGGAGCUGAAGGCGUGGAUUAAAAAGGCACAGAAGAAGUACAUCUACGACAAUGUGGACCGGCAGUGGAAGGACUUCGACAUGAACAACGAUGGCUUGAUCUCCUGGGAGGAGUACAAGAAUGUCACGUACGGAACUUACCUGGACGACCCUGAGCCAGACGACGGGUUCAAUUACAAGCAGAUGAUGGCCAGAGACGAGCGGCGCUUUCAGAAGGCGGAUAAGGACGGCAAUCUCAUCGCAGACAAGGAGGAGUUCACCGCCUUCCUGCACCCAGAGGAGUACGAAUACAUGAAGGAUAUUGUAGUGCUGGAAACGAUGGAGGACAUUGACAAGAAUGGAGAUGGCUUUAUUGACUUGAAUGAAUACAUAGGCGACAUGUACAACCACGAAAGCGAUCCCCAGGAGCCGGAAUGGGUGAAAACGGAGCGCGAGCAGUUCGUCGAGUUCAGAGACAAGAACCGGGACGGGAAGAUGGACAAAGAGGAGACCAUGGACUGGAUCCUGCCCACCGACUACGACCACGCGGAAGCAGAGGCCAAGCACCUUGUGUACGAGUCGGAUUCGGACAAGGAUGGUCGCCUCACCAGAGAAGAAAUAGUCAACAAAUACGAUUUGUUUGUUGGGAGCCAAGCGACUGACUUCGGAGAGGCCUUAGUACGGCAUGACGAGUUUUAAAAGUGAUCUAGAUAGAAAUUGUUUUUAUAAAUCUUGACUAGAUGAACAAUAAUUUAUUUUACGAACCGAUGUCCCAGCUCCAGUUAUAGGGACGUCCUAUAUAUGUAUUUUUGCAGACAAAAUUUCGGUUUUGUGUUUUGUAAUAUGACCUUCUGCAGUGCUUUUGAGUUGCCCUCGGUUGUGCUUGUUCUUGUGGAGUAUUUUUGGCAUGCAGUGUAUUUUUCUAUUUUUUUAUUUUUAUUUAAAGCCUUAAUAUCCAUAAGCUUCAUGAAAUGUCCCAUAAUGAACUCAAAAAUUCCAGGACCAUCAGAAAAAAUUCUUAAUCAUUCAUUAGAUAUGAGUUAAGGGACAUGUGUGGCACAUGUCCUUUUAUUUUUUUUAUUUUUUUUUAAACCUUUCAUUAUUUAGCAAUCUUGCUGACAUAUAGCUGUAUGAUAGGGAAACAAUCUUCACGGUUGAGCUAAUCACAGCCAUUUCAACAGAUUAUCUCUCGUUUGCCUUAUUGCUAUCAUUUGAACAAUAGCCAAACAUUGAUGGUUGUUUGAAUAUAUUUUUUGCACACUUUUCCAAUUUAUAUUAAUGAUGAAUGAUUUUCGUGAAACAAGACACCGCAGAGUCCACCGGGGACUAGGUUCCAUUCUUGUUGUUUAUCUUUAGAAAGAGGACUUCUAAAGAUACCAGAACCAGGUUUUAAUGCAAAAAUAUGGAUGCUUAUUUCUGGGUGCUGAAUGCCUUUUGAAGUAAAAGCAAUGGUUUCUACAACUGCCGUUUCUGCUAGGAGUAUUGUUCAGCUAUGGAUCCAAAAAAAAUCCUCUGAUUGUCAUUGAUGCAGGGUGUAUUCCGGGUUAUGUGGGCUGUUACAUAUUUCCCUCCACAUUUUCCCUUUUGUAACCACCAGUGGUGUCCAGUGAGCUGAAAACUGCUUUCCUUUUAAACAAAUCAUUGCACUCAAUUCAUUUCUUUUUAUCAACAAGCGUGCCAACGAUAGGAUUAAUCAAUCGGAAAAUUAACAUGCAGCUUCUUCACAUCCUUGUGAGGGAGAUUAAACAACAAAUACGAUUUCGAGAAAUCACCUUUUAUCACUAAGCAGUGGUGGAGACUUCCUCUAUCAAGCCAAGGAUUAAUUCACAAAAUAAUCCGAAGUACCAUCAGAUGUUGCCACCUCUUCCCAGUUUGGCAGUUUAGUAGCCUUGGCCAAGUACAUUUAUUUUUAUUUACGAAAUUGUGCACAUUUUAUCAACACACUUCAGUCUUUCUCUGCACUCAACCUCAGAGAAUAGACUGGAAAAAAUCUGUUCGGCAGGUUUUGUUAUUGCUGGUUAUUCAGGAAGCUAAUGCAGUAGAUAACAGAGUGGUGUGUCUUUUUGAUAAGUGUAGGCUACUUGGUGAUUAAUAAAAAUAAAAAAAAUUUUACGGAUAAAUUGAAUUGUGAUUGAAUCCCCUUAACACAAUAUGUAGAAGCAGUGUGUUACUUGUCAAUUGAUUAGUCCUAUUGUUGGCACGCUUGUUAAUCAAGAGACAUUGAUGAAAACCAGUUGAGAUUGAUGAUUAGUUUCAACAAACUUUUGUGACCCACCAAUUUUCAGCUCACCAGACACCACUGGUAAUCACUGAAAAUUUGUUUGAAAAUGUAGGUUUUAGACUUUUUGUACACAUGCAGUGCAGUGCAAUGUCAUUGAUAUUAGAUGCUGUAAAUGAAUGAAAACCAAUGUAAGUACACUUGUUGCUUUCUAAGCAGAAAGCGAGAACACUAAGAUUUUGAAUCUUAUUCUGAUUCCUGUUGUGAUUGGACCACCUCAAUUCUCGAUUAAAAAAGAAAAGAAAAAGAACCAA